AGUGAAGAGGCUAAUGAUGAUGAUUAUAACGAUGAACCAGGUUAUUAUCAAGCCUCUGAACCUCCAAAAAGUAUGGAUGAUCAAGUUUUUGAAAGGAAUGAUUUUGAUGAAGAUGAACCUAUUGAAGUCGUACACAAUUCUCAACUUAACGAUACAGAUUUGGAUUUCCAAGUUAAUAUUCAAAGAAAAACAUUACUUUUAGCUAAUGAGUCUAAUUUACCGAGAGCUUUAUCAACUGUUGAAAUGCCACCUGAUAUUCUGUCUCACCUACAAAACCGGAGUUAA